AUGACACGAGGACCUAUCAACAGACCCGUCCGAAUCGCCGGCUGUGCCGGAGGAAACACCGAUCGCUGGGAUGCAAUCAAAUCUUUUGCCAGCGACCCCAGCAUCGAUGCUAUUAUUGGAGACUGGCUAUCCGAGUCCAACAUGGUUGGAACGGCAGCAAUCAAGGCGCGAGAUCUCACGGAAGAGAACGAGCAGAAUCGCUCAAAGGGUGCCUAUGCUAAAGAGUUCCUGCAAUGCUUUGAGCCUGCCAUUGCAGACCUAAGCGCUCAUGGGAUGAAGCUCGUGGUCAAUGCGGGUGCGUCAGAUACAGAGCUCCUUGCAAUUGAGUGUCAGAAGUUAGUCCAGCAGAGUGGGCAUGGUCAUUUGCGCAUUGCGUGGAUUGAAGGUGACGAUGUGACGGAUAUUUUGCUUGAACAGAGGAAGAAGGGCGACGAAGUCUAUCCCAUUCGACUUUCGGGUAAGUCGUUGUUGGAGGUCGAUCCCAAUUUUGUCUUUGCGCAGUGUUAUCUUGGUGGAUGGGGUAUUGCAAAGGCUUUGGCUGAAGGUGCGGAUAUUGUCAUUUGUGGGAGAGUCUCGGAUGCUUCUCCUGUGGUUGGUGUUGCAGCGUAA